AUGGCUAUUGAAUUAAUCACAUUUCCGGAAUCUGGUUUCACUCUUUUUUUGGUCAGCAUUUGCAAAGAAUUAGGAAUAGAUUAUAAACUUAGCACACCAGCUAAACUCGAAGAUAUAAAGACACCAGAAUAUUUGGCCACCAAACAUCCCUUCGGAAAAGUUCCUGUUCUCAUCGAUGAUGGAUUCCAAAUUUACGAAUCUAGUGCAAUAGCUCGUUAUUUGAUUAGUAAAUAUCAAAAAACCAAAACUUCUACCAUUCUUAUUCCUACCGAUUUACAAAAGGCUGCUUUGGUGAAUCAAUUCAUUUCGGUGGGAUAUUCUUAUUUUAGUGAUCCGGCAAAAAAAUUAAUUUCUCAAGAAGUUAACGAAAAACGUGAGGGUGUCGCUAAAGAUCCUGAAGUUGUUAAGGAAGCUUGCGAAGAGCUUAAUAAGGUCUUUGAUAUUUAUGAAAAGUUAUUGGAGGGUAAAGAUUAUUUAGCUGGUGAAUUUUCUUUGGCCGAUAUUUUACAUAGUACUAUUAUGCAAUGUAUUGUUCAUUUCGGUCAUGGUAAUUUAAUUGAAAACCGACCUAUUAUCUCUAAGUGGUGGAAAAACCUUAGCGAACGUGAAUGUUGGAAAAGUACUAUCGCUGAGAACAAACAUUUUUCUACAUAA